UGUCCUGCCCGCCGGGCCGCGCCGCGCUGUUUCCCAGCACCAGCAGCGUCUGGGCGAGCGAGCCGAGGGCGCGCGGAGGCAGCGGCGCGGGGCGCAGCCUGCACCCUGCCCCCUGCAGCUGGCAGCGCGCUUGCGAGCGCCCCUGCCCGCGCGCACGGCGGGGCCGUUCCCGCCCCGCUGCCGCUUCCCGCCCGGCCGCGGCCUCGCGCACCUGGCCGCCAGGUGAGGGCGGGAGCCGCGCAGGCGCAGGGCUGGCCGCACGCGCGCACCUGGCGGCCGCCGAGCGGAAGCCGCCGCCGUUGCCGCCGCCCGCCCGGUUUCAGCCCCCCUUCAGCCCGCGGGCGGCCGCCGCGCGCCGCGCUCCCCUCCGCCGUGCCGCCGCCGGAGCCAGGUAUUAUAUUUUCAAGAAAUGGUGUGACCUAUUCAGUAUUAAAGAACAUCAUUCACUGGAAAACACUUGUUUUGUGACAGACUUUUAAAACUUGAAUGGCUUUGAAAAAAAUGCCUAAACUAUUCAAAAAAUUAUUUUUUCACUGGAGACUUUGGAAAUUUAGCAUUAUUGUGUUUUUCUUUCUGGUAUUUUUAUUUUUAUUACAAAGAGAAGUGGGUGUUCAAGAUUUUAAAGAUGAAGGAGGGAUUGAGCCAAUUGUCAGAAAGAAAAGUCAUGUAUUAGGUCUUGUGCUAAAUGCUAUGAACAAUAUCAAUGGUGCAAAGCCAAAAAUGCAGAUAAAAGCACCUGUUCGGCAAACUAAAGUUCCUGGAGAGAGACACUGUUUGCCAGGACACUAUACUGCAACGGAACUAAAACCCUUUCUAGAUCGACCUCUUCAAGAUCCUAAUGCUCCUGGAGCUUCUGGUAAAGCAUUUAAAACCAUCAACUUAAAUUCAGAAGAGCAGAAAGAAAAAGACCGUGGAGAAGAAAAACACUGUUUUAAUGCAUUUGCGAGCGAUAGGAUUUCGUUACACAGAGAUCUUGGACCAGACACUCGACCUCCUGAAUGUAUCGAACAAAAGUUUAAGCGUUGCCCACCAUUGCCAACCACAAGUGUUAUAAUAGUUUUUCAUAAUGAAGCGUGGUCCACUCUGCUCAGAACUGUUCACAGCGUGAUGUAUACGUCUCCGGCCAUAUUGCUAAAGGAAAUUAUAUUGGUGGAUGAUGCCAGUGUGGAUGAAUACUUGCAUGAUAAACUAGAUGAAUAUGUGAAACAAUUUCAAAUCGUUAAAGUAGUCCGUCAAAAGGAGAGAAAAGGUCUAAUCACUGCACGGUUGUUGGGAGCUUCGGUAGCAACAGGAGAGACCCUUACCUUUCUGGAUGCUCACUGUGAAUGCUUUUAUGGCUGGUUGGAGCCACUAUUGGCAAGAAUAGCUGAGAACUCUGUUGCUGUCGUAAGCCCUGAUAUUGCUUCUAUAGAUCUCAACACUUUUGAAUUCAGUAAACCAUCUCCUUAUGGGCAUAACCACAACAGAGGAAAUUUUGAUUGGAGUUUGUCAUUUGGAUGGGAGUCUCUUCCUAAACACGAAAAUAAAAGAAGAAAAGAUGAAACUUACCCAAUUAGAACACCUACUUUUGCUGGAGGUCUCUUUUCAAUAUCAAAAGACUACUUUGAACACAUUGGAAGUUAUGAUGAAGAAAUGGAAAUAUGGGGAGGUGAAAAUAUAGAAAUGUCUUUCAGAGUAUGGCAAUGUGGUGGACAGUUGGAGAUCAUGCCUUGCUCUGUUGUUGGCCAUGUCUUUCGCAGCAAGAGUCCCCAUACUUUUCCAAAAGGUACUCAAGUGAUUACACGUAAUCAAGUCCGCCUUGCAGAAGUCUGGAUGGAUGAAUAUAAAGAAAUUUUUUACCGAAGAAACACAGAGGCAGCAAAAAUUGUGAAACAAAAAACAUUUGGAGACAUCUCAAAAAGACUUGUCUUAAGGCAGCGUCUGCAGUGUAAAAAUUUUACCUGGUAUCUCAAUAAUGUUUAUCCGGAAGCAUAUGUUCCAGACCUGAAUCCUUUGUUUUCUGGAUAUCUAAAAAACAUAGGUAACCACAUGUGUCUGGACGUUGGUGAAAAUAACCAUGGCGGCAAACCAUUGAUUAUGUAUUCUUGCCAUGGACUUGGAGGAAAUCAGUACUUUGAGUAUUCUGCACAUCAUGAAAUUCGGCAUAACAUUCAGAAGGAGCUUUGUCUGCAUGCUUCUAAAGGACCUGUGCAGCUUCGCGAAUGCAACUACAAAGGCCAGAAAACCUUUGCACUUAGAGAAGAGCAAUGGCAGCAUCAAAAGGAUCAAACUCUGUACAGUGAAGCACUACAUAUGUGCCUUACAGGAAACGGAGAGCAUCCAAGUUUGGUAUCCUGCAAUCCAUCAGACCCCUUCCAGAAGUGGAUCUUUGGCCGCAACCAUUAAGAUUUGCUAUUUAUAGACAGGAGCAUUUUAUUAAAAAAAAAAAAAAAAAAAAAAAAAGGAAAAAAAAAAGCAGUUCCAUUCUACACUGUAACCAUAUAUGCAUACUGCAUUUUAAAGUGAUGCAUACUUUAAAUGCAAAAUGUUUAAACAGUUUCUUUUCUCUCUUAUUUAAGUUGGAUAUAAAAUGUGUAGGCAAAGAUUCCCUAGCAGUCCUUUACACCAAAGAAUGUUUGAGAUCCCAAUUAAGAAAAAACGUUUACAAUGUUUCCACAAUAAGAUUUUAUAUGUUGACCAUUGAUUUGUAGAUCUUACUGUCCCUUUUCACUUUGGGGACCUUGUAUAUUGCUUUUCCAUGUAUCGUAAGUACUUUUGAAGAUGACUGAUUUUCUCUGUAGAGUUACAAGAAAUUCUUGUAUACUGUCUGAAAACCAAGAGGCUUUAUAUAUAUAUAUUUAUGUUUAAUUGGUUGACUUAAUGUUUUGUUUUGUUUUUAAUUGUUUAAUUCACUCAAUGAAGCUUUCUUAUUAUUUUUUAUGUUCCCUCAUUUGAAAAAAUUAAACAUUUGACUUUCUGUUUAAAGCUAAAUAGGCUAGCAUACUGUGCUGUGCCUCUAGAAAAUCAGUCCUUUUGUUGUAGAAGAAAAUGUCCAUUCUCCUUGAAAUAUGUUAUUUAUGCAUGAUCACUUUAAUGGAAAAUCUUCUUAUUCUGAUAUUAAUCUCCUUUUAUUUAGCCAAAACUUUUUGUAUAGCUGUUUGUUUUUUGUUGUUGUUGUUUUUUUUUUUUUUUUUUACAAUUUCAUGAACUUUAAAUUUAUGACAGUUACACUGUAACAUUAACAGAGUGUUCAGAUUUUUGUUCAUUGUUACCUUUAAAUUGUUAUCCACUAACACAUUUUGUUUCUACCUUUUAGUGAUUUAUGCAAUGUUUACCUAAUGUUUUUAAUGUUAUUUGUCCAUAAUUUCCUGUGCAAACAUUUAAAUGUUGAUUUUCUUUUUUCCUUUUUAAUGCCAUUUUCCUUUUUUCAAAGGACUGACCUCAGUUUUAACAGUCAAAGUGGUCUUCCUAACUGUUUUGCUAGCUCUUUUAAUGAAAUACUGUAGUCUUGUAAGCAUCAGAAAUACACUUUUUUGGAUUAUGUAGAGGUAUUACUUCAGAAAUGGCCGUUCUUUGAUUAAGUAUUUUAAAAAUAUUUAUUUCAUUGGUUAUUUUACUGGAUGCACAGUUUUUAAGCACUAUUCUGUUAGUCUUCCAUUGCAAUCACCAAUCAUGCCCGUUUUCUUACUGUGACUGUUUCAGACCUUCUUUAAUGAAGGUAACUCCUCUGCACAAAAAUGUCCUCUUAGGGAACAGAUAUGUACUCUAACUUGAAAAUGUUUACUUCAGGGUAUGAAUGUGAGAUUAAUGAUCAUCCCAUACUUAAAACAUCUAAGAUCACAUAAAAAUUGCACUUUACUAUGGUAAACUUUCAUAAUAAAGUUCUAUAUUCUGAUUUGGAGAAGACUUAACUGGUUGGUGUGAAUUACAGAGAUUGAUUUAUUUAAAAAAAAAAAAAAAACUUCAGUUUGCAUGUUUUAUGGUACGGUGGGGCUGAAAAUUAAUAUGAAAUUAAAAUAAUAUACUUCUAGCAAGGAAAGAAAGUAGCAGCCUAAAGACAAAGAAAAGACUUAACUGUGGUCUAGAAGUGCCAGUAAUGUUAUUAAGCUUUGCAGUUUACCAGAAUUGUGUUGAAUAUCCAUAGUAUCUAUUCAGUGGAAGAAAAAAUGAGGUGUAAUAUCAACUAGUUUGCCUUCAUUAAUGCACUCUUUAAUGUGUGAAAGAAAGGUGCAUAUGAUGUGGAACAACAAGAUCAAGCCUAGUUCGAUGCAGAUAGUAAUGCUUUAGUAUUUUAGAAAAUACUUUAGUAUUUCCUUCAAUGACUGCACUAGGGAAAAAAAAAAAGAAAGAUUUUAUAAAAAGAUUUUAUCUUAAAAAGUCACAGGGAAACACAGGGAAAGAAAACUUAAUUUUUUAAAGCGAAGGCAAAGAAAAGUGUUUGGCUGCAUGAUCAAUAUAAAGCUGAGAAUAAAAAAUGAAAGACUGGGUAUUAGAGAUUGAAAUUAGUGUAUUUUGUCCUGUUCAAAUUUGUCCUUUUGUCCUAGUAAAUAAUAAAUAUCAUUAAGAAGAAA